AUGUAUUCUCUGCUUUCUUCAUUCUUGCUCGAGGCAUUGCCACUGGAAAGUAUUGUCAUCGUCCAAGACAAUGCAAGGUCACACUCUCAAAUUGCAGCUGAAUAUCUGCCUCAGGCAAGGUUCUCACCACAGACAUCCACAUCUCGCUGGGAGAGCCUCUCCAAACCAUGUUAUGAUGACACUUCACCCCCCAGUGAAAAGAGAAUGCACCCUCCACAUUUCCCCAGACGUCAAGCAAGUGCGGAUGAUGACAUGAGGUCCAUUUUGGCAGAUGUGAUGGAGCCCACUACAUUGGCAGAUCAAAAAUCAAAUGCGAUGGACCCAGGGGUUGCUAAAACCUCAUACCCCCCACGUUUCCCAAGACGUAAAUCAAGUACGGAUGAUGACUUGAGGUCUAUCUUGGCAAAGAUUAUGGAACCCAUAACAUUGGCAGAUCCAAAACCAAGUUCAAUGGACCCAGAGGUUGCUGGUCUGGCAUGCUCCCCACGUUUCCCAAGACGUCAAGCAAGUGCGGAUGAUGACAUGAAGUCCAUUUUGGCAAAAAUGGAGCCCAAUACGUUGGCAGAUCCAUCGAUGGACUCAGAGGUUUCUGCAUACAAGCAGCAGGGAACUUCGAUGGACGAAGAUGCUUGCUGUUUGUGA